ACGUUUGAAACAAGCUAUUAAACAUAUUUAUACAAAUUAUAAUAUCUAUGAAAAAGAAUAUUUACUAGAAUUUGCAGAUAUUUCUCAUCAUCUUUCAUUGUUAUCGAAUCUCAAUGAUAGUCAAGCACCGAUCAAUCAAGUAGAAGAUGAAUUAAUUAUGAGAUGUUCACAUCUUGGUUAUCAACAUAGUUCAGUGACAGUUCAGCAUUUCAAUCCGCCCACACUUUAUUCUUUGGAUAUAAUCAAAAAUCUGAUCUAUUUGAGUAAAGAAUUAUUAGAACGAAAUUUUCUUACAUUUAUCAAUCAAACAGAUUCAUAUUUGGAUACACAUCAGCGAAAGGAUGGAGAUCGACAUCAUAACAAAAAUAGGUCCAUGAUAAGUCGAACAUUAAAUUGCGUGACUGCACCGUUUCGUGUUGGAAAAGAUGACAAACAAGAUUCACCACCAAUUCUUGCCACAACAGAUCAAUUUCAAGCUGAUGUCAGAAAUACUAUUUGUCAACAAAAACCAAUUAAUGUAACAGGAGCACUUUUAGAUGAACGCAAUGUGUAUUUUGGUACAUCAAAAGUUUUUAAAGAAGUUAUUGCACGAAUAAUCAAAGCAAUGCAUGGUGUUGGAAAUGAUAAAGUAAGACAAAUUCGAACAGAAUUAAUACAAAAAAUUGUUGGUUUAAUCAAUUCAUUAACAAUUGAUAUUAAUAAUGAAUUAGCUCCAUUUUGUUUAAGUUUAUCUCAGCAAUUAAAAUCAACAUUUCAUACUUGUGCAGUAGUUUUGCUUACUAAAUAUUAUUAUGAUGAACAGAUGAAUCAUUUUUCUCAAACUUUAUUAGAAUUAGAAACAAAAAAAGAUGAUUUGAAGAAAUAUUUCAUUAGUAUGGUUGUUCCUAAUGCUUCAGUUGAUGAAAAUUAUGCAAUCAAUCUUGGUAUACAAUUCAAAGAACAUCUAAUAAAAUUAUUAGUCGAUGAUGGACAAGGUAUUAUUAAUACAGAAUUGAAAACUUAUGAUAAUCUCAAUCGAAAAUGGAUACAAGAUCGUUGUGAUGGACAAUUAUUGACUCAUCAUGAUGCUCAAUGGCAUUUAGAUUAUAUUGAAAAUCCGACGAAAAUUAUUGAACACUUCUUUAGUGAACUAUGGAAUAAUGUUCAGCACGCAAUCGAUCAAAAAUUAACCGAUCGAAAAUCCUGUUAUGUUAAUCUAUUAACAGAAUUUUUUUAUUGUAUACAAGGUAAGUUGACUUAG